GCGAGCACAACAAAUAUAGUCAAAAUUUGUAAGGAUCGAAAUAGAAGUUAUAUAUAGACUCGACUCUUGUCAAAAUGGAAAAGGUAGGAAAGGCUAAAAAGGUGGCGAGGGAGGAAAAGCAGCGGGAGCAGAAGCUCGAGGAGCUGGUGCUGAAGUCCCUCGAUGAAUGCAUGACGAACGAGGACAAAGUGAAGAUGCUGAUGCAGCGGCAGAUGGAAAGUGAGAAGAACGUGGGCCGGCUGACGGCCGAACUGCGGGUGGUGCAGCGCCACACCGAGGGGCAGCAGCGUGAGAAGGAGGCCAUGCAGCGUGAGCUAAACAAGUGCAUCCUGAUGCGCGACAAGCUACAGGAGGUGUGUCGUGAGCAGCAGCGCAUUAUCAAGUCGGUGAAGAACGAGAGCAUGCUGCAGAUCAAGGUGGAGGAGGAGCGCCGCAAGGAGAGCCAGAUCAAGUUUCAGAGCUCGCUGAACGACGUCCAGAAGUCGCUGUCCAAAAACAACGAGGAAAACAUCAAGUUGCGCGAUUACAACAUCGAAAUGACCAAAAAGUUAAAGCUUCUGGCGGAGCAGUACCAGACGCGCGAACAGCACCUGGAGAAGCUCAAUGAGCAGGUGAAACUGGAGUCGCAGCUGCAUCAAGCCAGGCUUAGCAAGGCACAGGUCGAGGCGGCCAUGGAGAGGGAGAUUCUGAAAAAAGAGAAUCAAAUUGGACUCGAAAAGCUGAUUCAGGCUCAACGCAGCAUCAAAGAUCUGACCGAUCGCGAGCACCAGUUGAAGGAGCAGCUGAACAUCUACAUGGCCAAAUAUGAUGACUUCCAGCAGUCGCUGACCAAGUCAAACGAGGUCUUUGGCAGCUACAAAAUCGAACUGGAGAAGAUGUCCAAGCACACAAAGAAGGUUGAAAAGGAGUCGCUGGCCUGGCGCCAGCGGUACGAGAAGGCCAAUGCCAUGGUCAUCGAAUUGGCCACCGAGAAGCAGAUGCGCGACCAGCAGUCGGAUCGUCUGGUGAAGCAAGUCACACAGCUGCAGAAGCUGCUGCGUGCCCUGCAAGUGGAGCGCACGACUCUGCACAAGAGCCUGAGGGAGAACAAAAUUGAGAUUCCGCCGCUUCCACAGCUGCCGCCAGAGCCGGAGGCCAUUACGAUUACGCCCGUCAACACGGACAAAGCCAAGAUGGAGCUGAUGAGCCGCAACUGUGCCGAACUGAAGCAGACUUUGGCCAACUUGCAGAACCAAAUGAAGCUUCUGACUACCGCCGAGGCCAAGACAGCCAUUGAGGAGAAGAAUAAGGCGGCCGAGGAUCAGCAGAAGCUGGCCAAUGCCAAGAAAAACAACAAAAAGAAGGACAAAAAGUCCAAGGCCAAGGCAGCGGCAGCAGCUGCUGCUGCACCAGUCGCAGUCGACAAAUCAAACGAAGAGCUAACAACAGUUGAUGCGGCUGCAGCAGAAACUACUUCCAACGGCGAGACACCAAAAGAUGAAUCUGAAGAAACCGCGAAGGAGCCGCUUACUUCAACAGAGGAUCAGCUGUUGUUGAAGGAGGCGUUGGAGACAGUCAUUGAACUGAAGGAAGCUGGAGCCGGAGAUGCCAGCAAAGUGAAGAACACCAAGGACGCGCAGGAACAGACUGCUCCGAUUCCGAAAGUGACAGGUUCUCCGCAGACCGUGGGCUAUGGCGAUGGCUCGCCACCCGCUGAACCCAAUGAUCUUGCAGCAUUGCCAGCCUUAAUCGAUGCCGAUUAGAUCUUCCCCCCUCUACCUACUGUCGAUUGUUGCCACAUUUCACAUGUCAGACGGCAACGCUUACGAAGCGUUUCCCUCCUCCUCCCUCAAAGCAUUUUGUGUCAUUCAGUCUCAACCAGCCACAAAUCUUUUAAUAGUUAUUUAUUGUAUUUUAUAUUGUAUUUUUUUAAAAGCAUGUUCAUCAUAUUAUGUUUGUAAGCAAUGCAACAACAAAUUUUAAAUUGAAUAAACGUGUUUCCUAAAAACGUUAAA